CUACAAAAAUUUCACGUGUCUGUUGCCUAUAAAAUUAAUGCGUAAUACUGUUUUUACAUCAGUUUAGUUUGUGUGACUAUCAAUUUCAAAACAAACGGUUUUUUUAUAGAAGAAAAUGAAAUUAUUGAUUCUUUGCAUUUGGGGAUUUACGACUCUUGUCAUUGCAAAUGGUGGUGAAGUCUCCGAUUCCAAAGAUGGAAAAUCCAAAAGCGAAUUGAUGCAAAAAGUUUGGAAUGAUAUUAUUAACGAAAAUUACUUCGAUAUGAAUCGAGUUCUUAAUCUUUAUGAUUAUAAGGAUUCGAAAUCGUGUCCAAAAGAUCUUGGCAAUGACAUUGAAGAGAUUGUUGGAAAGAUUCAACAGAUUAAUCUUGCACUCAACGAAAUAAAUUUAGAUGUGAGAAAAGAGACCAAUUUUGUACUGCCACUCGUUCGGAACCUUUCAAUGGGCGCAAAAUCAACAAGCCCAAUCAUACAGAAAUGUGUUAGUUCGGCGAAGACACUUUUCGAUGCCUAUCAUAAUUACAAAUCUAAUAUGUUGUUUUGUUACGAUACUUGUAAGCCACAUUUUAAAGCAAUCUCCGAAGAGGUGAAUCAACUUAUGGCUGAAUUGGCUGAGGUGAUCAACAAAGGAAAUGAUUUGAAUCCGGCAUCGAUUCAACACAAGAAGCAGAACGUUGACAAACUUAUUACAAAAAUUAACGAUUUUCGUGGUUUCAUGAAUCUGUUUAUGAAAUGCACUGAGAAGGCCAUGACCAUUUUUCAAAAAGUACAGAAUGAAUUUAAUACAAUAAUGUCGACAGUUAAUUUGACUUCAAGAUUGUAAAACAUGAUUUUUUUAAUGAAAAAUAAAGUAUGCAAUAUUUGAAUGAUGUAAUGUUGUAAA